GGGCUCACUCUUGGCCUCAUGUCGCUGGACGAAACGAACCUGCACAUUCUGGCGACGUCGGGCACAGAAACGCAGAAAAAGUACGCCAAGCGCAUCCAGCCAAUCCGCAAAAACGGGCACUGGCUUCUGGUUACGCUCUUGCUGGGCAACACGGUUAUCAACGAGACCCUUCCAAUCGUCAUGGACUCGAUUUUCGGCGGUGGUGUCACAGCGGUGCUGGUGUCGACAGCCUCGAUCUUUGUGUUUGGCGAAAUCAUUCCCCAGUCGCUGUGUGCACGCUACGGCCUGGUGGUUGGUGCGUUUUUCGCCUACCCGGUGCGUUUCCUGCAGUACGUGCUUUCGCCAGUGGGAUAUCCGAUUGCAAUGCUGCUUGAUUAUGUACUAGGCGCCGACCACGGAAUCACGUACAAAAAGGCCGAAUUGAAGGAGCUCGUGUCGCUGAGCGACACUGCACACGGCGGAAAUCUGUCUGCUGACGAGGUGACCAUUAUUCGCGGCGCGUUGGAGCUCAGCGAGAGACUCGUGGUCGAUGUGAUGACUGAGCUCAAAAACGUCUACAUGGUGGACAUAAACGCCCAGCUCGACCGCAAGCUGCUGACCGAGAUGCUCAGACAUGGCCACAGCCGCGUGCCCGUGUACGACGGGAACCGCAUGAACAUCGUCGGCGUGCUCUUGGUCAAGUCGCUGAUUCUGCUCGACCCCGACGACGCUGUGCCCGUGCGCGAGGCCAAAAUCACCAGCAUCCCCCUGGUAACCCCCAAGGUCUCUCUGUACGAUAUCCUCAAUGCCUUCCAAGAAGGUGGCAGCCACAUGGCAAUCGUCGUGGGCCCGGCCGCAUCCCUGCAGAUCGAAACCCCAACCCCGGUGCCAACGGAUACCUCGCCUCUGCUGGGCGGCGGUCAGGUCUCGGCAUCGCUGACGCAGAGCCCGCCGCAGAUGUCUCGCCGGUGCUACGUGCCUGUUGGCAUCAUCACGCUUGAGGACGUUAUCGAGGAGCUCAUCCAGGAGGAAAUC